GCCUCACAAUUUCUUCUUGAAGGGAUGGAAACGCCUACAACAGAAGCCAAGUACGAGUGUCUUCUCUUUGAUAUGGAUGAUACCUUGUAUCCCUUGGCUUCUGGUCUCAAUUUGGCUUGUCGCAAAAAUAUCCAAGAUUACAUGUUGCACCAUCUCAAUAUAGAAGAAAACCAAGUUCCGAAAUUGUGCCUGGACUUGUACAAAGAACAUGGGACUACAAUGGCUGGUCUCAAGGAACUAGGUUAUCAAUUCGAUGAUGAUGAAUUCCAUGCUUUUGUUCAUGGAAGAUUGCCAUAUGAGACUUUGAAACCUGACCCUGUGUUGAGAAGUAUACUUCUUUCGGUGCCACAGAGAAAGAUAAUCUUCACAAAUGCAGACACAGUUCAUUCUGCAAAAGUUGUCAGUAGGCUUGGCCUAGAAGAUUGUUUUGAUGGUGUUGUAUGCUUUGAGACACUUAAUCCAACCCCAAAUCAGAAUGUUCCUGCUGAAAAGAUCAACACCAUGACUAAUGAUGAUUUAAACAGUGAUAGUUAUGAGAAUGGUUUAAGCAGCGACUGUGCUGACGGCGAUAACAAAUACAACUCUAAUUCGGUAGGGAGAAUACUCUGCAAGCCUUCUCUGGAAGCCUUUGAAAUGGCAUUUGCUAUGGCUAACAUAGAUCCAAAGAGAACAAUCUUUUUUGAUGAUAGUCCAAGAAACAUAGCGACCGGAAAAGUAGCUGGUCUUCAUACUGUCCUCGUUGGGAGCUCAGUGUUGGUGCCAGGGGCUGAUCUUGCACUAGAAAGCAUUCACAAUGUAAGAGAAGCCUUGCCUGAGAUAUGGCAGGAUGAAGAGCAGUUGGAACCGGUUCUUGCAGCCACAUCUGCUGAAGCAGUAGUCCUCGCCUAGAAAUUACUUUUAGCUACUAUAUCAGAUGUAUCUGAAGAGGAAAUAGUAAGACUGUUGCUACUAUAGAUAAACAAAGGUAGUCUGUCUGUGCAUGAUGAUGACUAUAUAUGUAAUAAUAUACAUUUAACACCCAAUAAAGCCAAAUCAUAAUGUGCAAGGACGAAAUAAGUUU